AUGUACUUCUGGAGACCAUUCGGUGGAGCAGCUGACAAAUCCUGCGCCGAUCAUGGAGCGCGUAUUGAAGGCACAGGACAAUGGCAAGGCUACGCUAUCCAUAUCUCAUCGGUGAAGCUGGAUUUCUACGGCGGCAAAGUGAAAGCUGGAGAUGAAAUUGGCAAGGCUGUUGACAGGAACUGUUUUGAGCAGGACUCACAGCGUGAGGUGGAAUCGCAUGUGGAAAUGAAACUCUUUAGAGAAGGAAAAUUGAUCGAUCCCACCUAUCAUCUUCAAAAUUGCAUGUGUACUGGACAGAUUUGCGAGUCGAACUCUAAGAACAAGCUGCUCGGCGAGCCGUUCAAAUCAGAUAAGAGGUACAACGGCGUCCGUGGAUGGGACAUUGAAUGCCGGAUGGUCGAGGAUGAAGAUGGCGGUGAAAAGCGAGCACCAUUGAUCUAUUCACCUAUCGCCGGAGAGCUAGUAGGAAGGACUCGAUUGACGUUCGAUCCAAGCGGAUCGUAUUCAGGAUGCGAUAACGAUGGCAUGUUCAUAGUGGGUACUGGAGACUGGAUCGGAUUCGAGGUACGCCUUUAUAACGUCAAAACAAGGGAAGAUAUCGGAUUUGGCCGAAAACGAAUCGUUCAAGGAGAACCUAUUGGAUCAAGACUUGAGUGCGAAAACAGUCCAGACAGUGUGUUCCUAGAGGUACUGUAA